CAUUGAUGAACUUAGGAGCUGCAAGUUUUAAUGUACUUAUGUCACAAAAACGGAAUGAGAAAAGAAUUUCUGAUAAAAAUAUCCAAAAUCCGUUUGGAUUAGCUGAAAGUAUAAGAAAUCCCAGUUUCGAGAAAAGUAUUUCAUCUGUGAAAGGCUGUCAGUUCAAAUACUCCAGAAAUAAAAAGAAGAGACCCAUUGGAAUUAAGAUGAGCACGAGAUACUCUCAGAUAGAGAAGGGAAAAAUGAGCCCCAUGCACAAUUUUGAAGAUUUAUUCGUAUCGAAAUAAUAUACAAGGUCACCACAGUAUUUCAGUACAUGAACAAGAAUCAUAUCUAUUUCCAAAUAUUAAUCAAGAAAGUGGCCAAAAAAGUCCUUCAAAUCUGAAUGGCUUUAAACAAAGAUUUUCAGUGCAGAACAAGAAAAUAGACCCUAUAAAGAUAGACAACUCAUUCAGGAGCAAGAAGUCUUUUUGUAAGAUAGACUCUGGGGAAGAAAACUCUUCAAAAAGCCCGAUGCUUUCUACAAUAAAGCCACCUCUCCAUCCUCUAGUGCUGAAGACAAAGAAGGAGGUAUUGGAGGAAGGAGAAGCUAACUCUAGAGCUAAAGAUGCUUCAGAGAGAAUUGAGAGAGCAGAAAAUUCUCACUCAAAAAGUAAGCUAGCCAUUCCCACAAGUGAGAAUGAUAUCAUGUCCAUCUUGGUGGAUAAAGUUGUCGAAGACAAUGUUUGAAAUGAAAAUGAAGAGCAAAAAUCUUCACAAAAUCAAGAAUUUGAUUAUUUUAACGAUAAGCUCUUGAAGUUCAAGCUGAUGAAGGUGAAGAAUAUCUUUGCACCUACCUAUCAGAUGGACAAGAAAGAAGGAGAGAAAAUACGUUAUAAAAUAAAGAUGGAUGCUCAAAAUGAGAUGGACACAAUAAUCAACAAAACUAUUAAUGAAAAUAAGAAGCUGAAUAAGAAGUCCAAUGUAAGGGUGGUUUAUAAAAAGCCAACAGAAGGCUCUUCUGAUAGCACAUCUGAAGGCUCUAAUUCUUUUCAAGCAAGACAUGCUAAAGCAAAGAAUCACUUGAAGAACAGAGUUAUUAGGAUGAAGCAGAAAUAAGAAUAAAAAGAGCUUGAUGAGUAAGCUUAACAUCAUCAGGAAUAAUAUUUAUCAACAAAGAAUGCAUUCAAAGGAUGGUAUGAAGACUCAUAAUCCUAAUAACUAUGCUUUCAGGUCUCUUCAAGAUCUAAGGAAGAGCAAGGAAAAGGGACUUUACGAUAGGAAAAAGGAUAUCAACAUCAAGAUGUUAUCUACACUUGAAAUGGAUGCUGAAUUGACCAAAAGAUCUGUUUUGAACAUAAAUCAUAGUGGAGAUUUCUUCGAAGAACAUGAUUAGACUUAUUUAUUCAUUAUUCCCAAAAUAAUAAUUAUUCAU